CUUUCAAAGUGCAAUUUGUCUUGGAAAAGCCAAUGUGAGGCCCGUGUGGGUUUCGACCAAUGGCGCCGCGCCUCUCAUAGCUCAGCCAGUCUCUGGUCUGUAUUCUAAUGGGCCAUAUCUUUAUCAGGGAAAUGUUGCUUCUCUGAACUUAAAACUUCUCAUGGAGGGUCCCCAGACUCAGAGGCAGAGAAGGGGUCUGAGCUGAGGCGUGGGGAGCCGCCUUUCUCCAGGACAGACAGACAGAGAGGGAAGGGGCGCUGGUGAGGCCUCUCACCUGCCCCAGGAGCACCUGACUUCCGAGGAGCUGACGCAGGUGCCAGGUCCCCAGGCCAGGGCUGGGCCAGAUAUCUUAGGUGGGAGGGCAAUCUGGGGCUCGGCCGCUUUUGACCUUUCAAACCUGCCAUGGGCUUCUGGGUCAGAGCUUGGGGUCUCUGGCUUUAGGGGCCUGGAUUUGGGCUUCUCACCUCCCCUCACCCCAACCCGAAGAUCAUGGAGUCCAACCUGCAGGGCACAUUCCUGCUGAACAACACGCCACUGGCCCAGUUCUCGGAGAUGAAGGCCCCCGUGUGCCAGUACUCGGUGCAGAACUCCUUCUACAAGCUCAGCCCUCCGGGGCUGGGCCCCCAGCUGGCCGCCGGGACCCCCCAUGGGAUCACAGACAUCCUGAGCAGACCUGUGGCCACGCCGAACAGCGGCCUCCUCUCCAGCUACCCUCACGUGGCAGGCUUUGGUGGACUUGGCUCCCAGGGGGUCUACUAUGGACCCCAGGUGGGGAAUUUUCCCAAAGCUGGCAGUGAGUACCCCACCCGGACCCGGAACUGCUGGGCGGACACGGGCCAGGACUGGCGAGGCGGGCGGCAGUGCGGCAACACCCCGGACCCCCUGAGCGACAGCAUCCACAAGAAAAAGCACACCCGGCCCACCUUCACGGGACAUCAGAUCUUUGCCCUGGAGAAGACCUUUGAACAGACCAAGUACCUGGCUGGCCCUGAGAGGGCACGGCUGGCAUACUCACUGGGGAUGACCGAGUCGCAGGUCAAGGUGUGGUUCCAGAACCGAAGGACCAAGUGGCGGAAGAAGAGCGCGCUGGAGCCCUCGUCCUCCACGCCUCGGGCCCCGGGCGGUGCAGGCGCGGGCGGGGAGCGCGCGGCCUCGGAGAACGAAGACGACGAGUACAACAAGCCGCUGGACCCCGACUCGGACGACGAGAAGAUCCGGCUGCUGCUGCGCAAGCACCGUGCCGCCUUCUCGGUGCUCAGCCUGGGCGCGCACAGCGUGUGACGCCCCCCUCGCCCGCCCCCACCCCCGCGUCUCAGAGGAGGCCCGACCGCAGCCCCUCCCCUGCCCUGCGGGUGGGGUGGGGGGUCCCAGGGCCGAGGGCUCCCCCG